AUGGUCUCUCUCACUCUUCGCCAGUCUCUGGCCAUUGUCUUGGCCCUCGCUUCUGAUACCCUCGCCAAGGACUGGGACAUGACUGGAAAGAAGAUCAGGUACUAUGAGGUUGAGGUUAAGGAGUUCACCGCUCAAGUCUACCCCAACCUCAAGCCUGCCAACUUGGUUGGAUAUGAUGGCAUAGCGCCUGGACCAACUUUCCUCAUGGAACGUGGGGAGGAAGCUGUUGUUCGCUUCAUCAACCACGCCAAGAUGGCCAGCUCCGUUCAUCUUCACGGCUCUCCUUCGCGCACACCUUGGGAUGGUUGGGCUGAAGACGUCUUUAACCCUGGCCAAUACAAAGACUACUACUAUCCCAACAACCAGAACGCCCGCACUCUCUGGUACCACGACCACGCCAUCGACCACACCGCUGAGAAUGCCUACUUCGGCCAGGCUGGCGCAUAUAUCCUCCAUGAUUCUGCCGAAGACUCUCUUGGCCUCCCCAGCGGUUACGGCGUCUACGACAUUCCUCUGAUUCUCUCUGCGAAACAAUACAAUUCCGAUGGUACAUUGUACUCGCCUGCCAACGAACAGACCAGCUUAUACGGAGAUGUUAUCCACGUGAACGGACAGCCUUGGCCGUAUCUGAAGGUUGAGCCCCGCAAGUACCGUUUCCGUCUUCUCGAUGCCGCCAUUUCCCGGACAUUCUUCCUCUACCUCGAAGAUCUCAAGGCCAACAGGGUCGAAUUCGAAGUCAUCUCUUCCGACGCCGGACUCCUGACAGGACCCCAGAAGGUCAAGGAUCUCUACAUCUCCAUGGCCGAGCGCUACGAGAUUGUCAUCGACUUCUCCAAGUACAAGGGCGAGAAUGUCACGAUGCGCAACACCAGAGGCUUCGCCGCGGAUGUGGAUUAUCUGCACACCGACAAAGUUAUGCGCUUUGUAGUCAGCGACGAGUCGGUCAAUGACAAGUCCGAAGUCCCCUCCUCCCUCCGCGCCGUGCCGUUCCCCAAGGACAAGACCGGCGUUGACCAGCACUUCCUGUUCCACCGCACCGGCAGCGACUGGCGUAUCAACGGUGUCAUCUUUGCUGAUGUAAACAACCGCGUCCUCGCCAAGCCUAAGCGGGGUACUAUUGAGGUUUGGGAGCUUGAGAACAGCUCCGGCGGCUGGAGCCACCCAAUCCACAUCCACCUCGUGGACUUCCGCGUUAUCAAGCGUGUCAAUGGCCGCAGCAACACGGUCUUCCCGUACGAGUCUCAGGGUCUCAAGGACGUCGUCUGGGUCGGACCCGGUGAGACUGUUACCGUCGAGGCUCACUACGCCCCCUGGCCCGGUGUGUACAUGUUCCACUGCCACAACCUCAUCCAUGAGGACCACGAGAUGAUGGCUGCCUUCAACGUCACCAAGCUCGAGGACCUUGGGUACGACGAGGAAGCCUUCGCAGACCCCAUGCAGUUGGAGUGGCGUUCCAAGAACGAGAACUCUGAUGCAUCCAGUUGGGAUGCGAUCAAGUCACGCAUCGAGUACAUGGCCAAGCUCCAGCCCUACAACAACGAGCAAGAGGUCGAGAGCCGUCUGGAUGCUUACUGGGCCACCAAGACCAAUGCGCCUUCCCCAAGCUCGACACCCUCGACUCUGGUCGUCAGCACCACCACGAGCCCAGUGGUCACCUCACCCGCAGCCACUUCUGCCAGCUCGACCAUCACCUCCAAGGCCACCACCACCAGCAAGUCUGAUGACGACGACAAGAAGAAGAAGACUUCGUCGACUAGCACCAGCACCAGCACCACUUCGUCCAAGAAGAAGCGUGGCAUGCGCUUCCGCGGAGUGGACAUGGAGAUGCCCAAGCGCACCGCCGCGCCCCAGGCAUGA